CGGCGGCGCGACAUCGUGCUGGUGCCGACGCCGUCGGCGGACCCGGACGACCCGCUCAACUGGGCGCCGCGCCGCAAGCGCCUGGCGCUCGCCUGCGCCCUGCUCUACACCUGGUUCAACGGCAUGGCCCUGUCCGUCGUCUACUCCGUGCUCGUGCCCCUCUCCGCCGCCCUCUCCGUCACCGAGGCCGACCUCAACGCCGGCACCGGCUACAUGUUCCUGCUGCUCGGGUGGGGUCUUCUGUUCUGGCAGCCGUUCGCGCUGCAGUACGGGAAGCGGGUGACGUACCUGGUGUCGCUGGCGGCGCUGGCGGCGGUGACGGCGUGGGGGCCGUACGCGCGGGGGCGCGGGCAGUGGAUCGCGAACCGGGUGCUGACGGGGUUCUUCGCGGCGCCGAUCGAGGCGCUGCCGGAGACGACGGUGGCGGACCUGUUCUUCGCGCACGAGCGCGCCACCUACCUCGGCUGGUACGCCUGGACGCUCGCCGGCAGCAACUUCUUCGCCCCCGUCGUCUGCGGCUUCGUCAACGACGGCGCCGGCCACCCCUGGGUCUUCUUCGUCCCCGCCAUCGCCUGCGCCGCCACCCUCGCCUUCCUCGCCGGCUUCAUGGAGGAGACCAACUACGACCGCCGCACCGUCGGCGUCGUCGUCGCCGACGCGCCGCCGCCGGCUGCCGCUGAGAAGCGCAAGCGAGGCCCGGCCGACGACGCGGUUGCCGACGCGGAGCGCUCCCCGUCUCCUGACGGCUCCCCCACCAGCGCCCCGACGAAGACGUUCUGGCAGAAGCUGGCCAUCCUGGACACGCCCCGCCCGUUCGCGAUGCACUACCGCGCCUGGCAGUCGCUGCGCCUCCUCUCGUGGCCCGUCGUGUUCUACUCCGGGUUCAGCUACGGCACCUACCUCGUCUACUUCAACAUCCUCAACGCUACCACCUCCAUCAUCCUCGGCGGCCCGCCGUACAACUUCCGUCCUUCCUUCGUCGGGCUGACUUACAUCGCUUGCAUGAUCGGCGUCGCCGUAGGGUCAGCGUUCACGGGCGUGUUUUCAGACCGCUUCAUCAUCUGGUACGCGCGGCGGAACGGGGGGGUGUCGGAGCCGGAGCACCGGCUGUGGCUGUUCGCGGCAGCAACGGCAGUGGUACCAGCAUCGUUCAUCCUGUGGGGGGUGGGGGCGGCGCACGGGGUGCACUGGUUCGGGCUGGCGGUGGCGAUGGGGGCGACGGCGUUCGCCAACACGGUCGGCAUCACGCUCAGCGUGGCGUACCUGGUGGACGCGUACCGCGACCUGGCCGGCGACGCGCUCACCACCUGCAUCCUCGUCCGCAACACGAUGGGCUUCGCCGUCGGCUACGGUAUCACCCCCUGGCUCGACGCCCUCGGCUCCCAGAACUGCUUCGUCAGCGUCGCCUUCGUCGCCCUCGCCAUCUGCUGUGUCUUCCUCCCCAUCGUCCGCUGGGGCAAGGCCCUGCGCCAGCGCAGCCGCGUAGACUACUGGCGCGAGGUCCGCAGGCAGAUCGACCUCGGCCUCGUCCACUGAGCGAGCACACGGUAGGAAGUCCCGCGGCGAGCGCGUGCGAGCGGCUGGCAGAUGCUAAUACUGCGGCUAGAACUGGAUAUUUGCAGGUCGAGAGACGAUUGCGUUCUAUAGGCAGUACGAAAUCACAUAUGCCACAUAGUCACAAAUUUGUAAUUAGGGAUUAGAUUUACUCCACACCUAUCUAAAUAAACAAUAUCUGCUCGCUA